UAUAUAAGCUACGCGACAGCUUGAUCGGUUUGCAUUGUUGUCGGAAUGAACUGCAUCGUCUCGCGAGUGACUUACGUGAAUUAUGGCAUUGACAAUAUCAUCUCAUUUUGUAAUACAGGGAAUCGGAUGCACUUGGACCAUGCUGCUUGUGUUAUCCGUGCAGGCGAUCAACUAUGAAGAUCAUAGACACGACAUAAUACCAACGAAACUGAACAGCAACAUAAUCUUAACGAACCGUGAUCUUCUCGAGCAAUUGAAUCUUGUCGCGCCAAAAGCGAAUUAUACGUUACAAGAGGGCACGGAGCGCUUGCUGUAUUUUGGUGCACUUCUGCGAGCGCGAAUUCUUGACACCUUCGGCAAUCUUCUGUACAUCUAUUACGAUGACUUCAGUAUAAAGGAAGUGGAGGCAUUACAUAAAAUCUAUCUAGAGAUCUUCGAGCGACGAUAUGACAUAUUCAACCUGGUCCCCGCUGUUCUGAAAAAUCCAGACACAAGACCGUCAAAGAUCUGCGCCAUAAUUUACAUUUAUGCAAAACCCUGUCUGAAGAGUAGCGCUAACAUAUGUCGUACGAUCAGGAAGCAACAUGAUCUUCCACAUCCUGACAACCUCACCACGCCUGCUUUGAACGUUACGUACUUAGCGUAUCGUUUGUCCAAGAUAUCGAGGCAUUAUCUUAGAGGAUUUUCCUUAGCGGCGUUAUUAAAGCUCCUACAAAGGGAAGUGCUGAUGAUCACGCCUGAUCUAUUAUCUGGACUUCUUUAUAAUGUGAGGUACGAUCAUUUUGAUGAUAACAUUCGUCUCGCCGAGAGAGAGCUUGUGCAAUCUUUUCACAAUAUCACACAGACUACUAAAAUUCCGAUGUUGCCGACAACAGUGCUAAAGAAAUUUCGCACUGUGAAUUCCUUCCUCAAAUAUUACAUCGGUAUGUACGCCGAAAGAUCUCUGAACGAUGAUUUGAAGAGACACGCGUUCCUUAUCAGGAAACGUAUUGAUGACGUUGGUAUGAUUAACGAGAAUAUUAAUCUACUUGGUAAUGUCUACGAGAACCGAACAAUUCACAUCAAGUAUCUCUUUGAUCUUGUAUUGCCCGACGAUUUACUCGACAACGAUGUCAUUGAGGCUAAGGAAUACUUGGUGAAUAAAUUAAACGAAUUUGACGUGGUAGGGAAAUAUCUCAAGGUGCAAAAGUAUCAGCAAGCCACACCGGCUCAGCUGGUAAUGGAGAUCACUGGACAACUAAAGGAUAUUGAUUUUGCCAAGAGCAUCGCGAUAUCUCUGCGAAUGCAUGCGGGAUUCUGGCGCAGCUAUCGCAUGAUUGAAAGUCUCGAUGAGCUGUUAGAGCUGUUUGACGCUUACGAAAAUCUACGUCAAGUACCGUACUUCGACAAAAUGAUGCAGAAGAUCGACAACAUUAGAAAAAAUCUGUGGAAUAUGAAAGAUGUCCCCGUUGAGAUUCUCUGCUACUCUCCUCGAGCUUGUCUGCGGAUAGGUUUGCAAUCAAUUUUAAAUUGCAAAUAUGUGAGUUCUGAAAUCAAAGAACUUAUUAAGGAUUUCUUUAAAUUGAGCGAUAUGUGCGUGAUUCCCUUAAACUUGACACAAGAGACAUCGGUGAGACGUUCGGUGGAUAUUCCCUUCAAAAUAGCAAAAAAGCGUUUUUCCAUGCAGUUGCCAAACAUAAGCAGCGAAAGUAUAGAGAGUUCUGAAUCUGAAGAAAUCGCGGAAUCCGAUGAAAUAUCUAACGAAUCUACGGAAUCCACUGAAGUUUUAACAGAGUCCGAAACAUCUUCGGAAGAAAGUACGAAGUUUAUAAACACAAUGACUACGCUGAGAACAACUGAAUAUAUCGAGCCUAUUUCGACAACGACGAUAAUGAAUAAAAUAUCAACGUUUCAAGAAGAGACUACGGCCGCAAUGAUAUCACUUCCGACAACUACAGUGUUACCUGUGACAACUACAGUAUCAUCUACAACAACUACAGUAUUACCUACGACAACUACAGUAUCACCUACGACAACUACAGUAUCACCUACAACUAUAGUAUCACCUACGACAACUACAGUAUCGCCUAUGACAACUACAGUAUUACCUACGACAACUACAACAUCACCUACAACAAGUACAACAUCGCCUAUUACUACAAUAGUGCCUACAACAAUUACCACAACAUUACCCACAACAACCACUUCUACAUUAUCCACAUUGAUUACUACGAUAUCAGCAACCACAGAGCUGCCAAUUGUCAAUAUAGAAAUGGAACUAGAGCGUUCAAAGAUGAUAAAUAUUAAUAAUUUACAUGACGACUACGAAAUUACACCGACUUCAACAUCUGCUACAACAUCUACUUCGACGAGAUUUUGUGAGUCUAAUGAAUGCUCCAGUGAGCAAAGUUCGGAAGAAAUUAGCGACGAGACGACAACGCAGGAUUCUACUUUUAAACUUAUUCAAACAACAUCUCCUGAGUCGUUAACGACUGAUCAGGACUUUGCCAUGACCGAGAUGACAACAAGUUCGACGAUGGAAUUGAAUGAAACACCAGUUACAAAAGAAGGAUGCAGAUCCAAAAGUGAAAGCAUCGAGAUAUCCUGUGAAACAAACUGCGUCUCCGAGGCAGGGGAUUGCGAUGGAGAAGAUAGUGCUCUCAAAGAUAUCUCUGACAAAGCAGAGAAUCACACCGUCAAGUGUUCCAAAGUGCGUUGUAAGGAGGACUCUCCGGAGAUCUCUUCGGAAUGUGACACGGAAAUUGAUAAGAGUUGCGAUUGCAUUUCCAAGGAAGAAGAAAGCGCAGAAUGUAUGACGUCAUGUGUCUCAAAUGUAGAGAGUUCGUCGUGCGAAGAAAGGCAGAAUGAUUGCUCGAAGUCGGACGUGCCGACAGUCAAUAUGAAAUUCGAGCACACUCAGACACGAGGCGUAUGCGAGAUUCGGGAUCCUCAUCAUCAGCGCCAGAUGAAACGAUUGGCAAAGAUGCGAGCGAUCAGCGCCGCAAUGUCGCACGCCGAUGUUUUCAGGUCAAAAGCAUCGCGACAUCGAAUCGCAAGCAAGAAGCUAUACAAUCUAUUAGCCACCAAACUAUUUCAUGCCAAGGAUGAAAGCUCCGAAAGGCUAGCAGAAUACUUGUUGAAGAGACCUCUUAGUGGGAACAGAAUUGAAGAUGCAAGUCAGAAACAUCGCAAGAAACAGGAACAAAUUUACAGGUUGAGGACGAGGCUGGCGAAGAAACUCAAUAGAAAAUUGACUGAAAGGACAUCGAUGCAUCAAUUGACACCGCUUCAUCAGAAUCAGAUUGUGAAGAUAUCCAGCAGAGGUGCAAAAUCGAUCAAUGCGACAACGCAAAAAUGAUACAAGAUUGGAAUCUAUCGAUUUAAAAUUACGCAUCACUUUUGCUAAUAAUAUUAUAUAUAGAGCAUAUUAUGUUAUUAUAUAAAUGAUUGAUAUCAA